UUCAAUAUACAAAUAUUUGUAAUAUUUGUAUAAUGCAUGGCUCACUCUGAUAAAUUGACUGCAACAAUUUUAAUACAAAAAUGGAAAGUAAUAAUUUGUGUUGCAAAUAUUGUAGUGAAAGUGUAGAGGAUUUAACUGCAGAAGGUUUGAAAUGUAUCGAAUGUAAUGAAUACGUUCACGUUAAUUGCCUGAAAAGAGGUUCAGUGCCUGGUGGAUUAUUUGGAGAUAUAUUUUACACGUUCGUGUGCAUAAACUGCACGAAAACAGAUCAAGAAACGUUUGUUCGGGAUCGAAUGCCAUGGUUCCAAGCAAUUGUAUUAGUUCUGCAUCACAUAAACAAAAAGAAUCCUGGACUGGCUCGCAAAGGAUAUUUCCAUUGGAAAAUGCAUUUGGCUACACUCAUUGAUAAACAUUGGGAUAUAAUAUUCCCUAAAGAUUUCAAGAGAAAAAAGAAAUGGAUUGGUACAGUCUCCGGAACGUUAUCACAUUAUAGUCCUCACUUUUUUCACUCUGGAACUGCUAUUUUUGGAGAACAAGGCUGGUGGACGUUGACAUUUCCAAAACUAACACCAAAUACAAUCAUGAAAAUUAACAGUGAAUUUUUGUUGAGAAAACAAAAAAGUAAAGGUUCACCAUCGGCGACAUCUGAUUUUAAUAUAGUCAAUGACAUAAUCAAAUUAAAAAUCUUAACCACUGAUUUCCAACAAUCAGUUUUUGAUAAUAUAACCGUAGAUCAAAAUGAAGAAAUUGUGAUAGAUGAGACUCCAAUAAAUGUAACUUCAUAUUCUGAUGGUUCAGAAUCUGCAGCACCUAUCAAUGUUAGUAAUAACAAAUUGAAAAAAAUAUUACUUCCAACUGUUGACUCUUACAAUGAGUGUUCCAAAAAGUUAAUGAAAACUAAUGCUGGGGCAAGAAAACCAGUAGCUGAUAUACCAAUUUUUGAAGUUAAACCAACGUUGAAAGAGAUUGAGGAAGAGAAGAUUAGGAAAGUCGAGAAAAUAUCGAUAACGUUUAUGGAUCCUAUGUGCCAUUACAAUACUUCACUGAAAAAAAUCUGCGUUAACGAAGGGCUACAAAUUCGUCAUAAGAUAAUGGGUAAUAUAAGGGAAGACACGAUAUUAUCUCCCUACUCUAGUCUAUACUUAAAACCGUACAUUCGAAGGGAUGUAGCAACAACCCCGACUUGGUUGAAAAUGAUGGCAGAAGUAUUGAUCAAGAGCAACAAAAGUGAUUCCAAUUACGUGUUACCUGCACGUUCUUCCGUAGAUUACGUUUAUGUUCAGCCCUCUCAUAUACCGGCCAUAAAUAGUCUGUGCAAUCAAUUCUUCUGGCCAGGAAUAGAUUUGACUGAUUGCCUACAGUAUCCAGAUUUUAGUUGCGUCGUUCUUUAUAAAAAGCUGAUCAUUGGAUUUGCGUUUAUAGUUCCUGAUGUUAAGAUACAUGAAAAUUAUAUAUCCUUUGUGUUUGUUAGGCCGCAAUGGAGGAAUUGCGGUAUCGGUCGAUUCAUGAUCUAUCAUCUCAUACAGACGAGUAUGGGAAAGGAUAUUACUCUACACGUAUCUAUCAAUAAUCCUGCUUUAUUUCUCUAUCAGAAAUUCGGAUUUAAAGUGGAGCACGUCGUGCAAAAUUUCUAUGAAAAAUAUUAUCAAAAAAAUUCGAAAGAAUCGAAACAUGCAUUUUUCUGCCGGCUAGAAAGAUAA